GUAAAGGAAAGCGCUUGCUGGUGAAGCGCGCGCCUGCUCUCCUUUCGCAGUGUGUAUGUGUGUGUGUUUGUGUGUAGGCUGGCGCCGGGAAAGGAGUGAGGGCGGCGGCGGCGGCGGCGGCUGGAGGAGGUGAGCGCAUCCACCCGCUCGCCUGACAGGUCCCAUUCCCGGCAGAGUGGGGGUUCGGGACAGGGAAGGCAUCCCCCAGCGAACAUCCCAUACUCCUGGCUGCCCAAAGGCGGCGGCGUGGGGCAUGGGCCCCCCAGGGGCCCCGCCGAACGGCUUCUGCAGCAUGAGCAGCAGAGGAAUCGUCCGGAGAAUUGCAGCGGAGAGGGAUCGGGCGGCGCGGCUCUUGCUGGCAGCGGUGACUCUUGGCUGCCUUUGGUGUGCAAUAGAGGCCCAGGUAACAGGAUUACUUGAUGACUGCUUAUGUGACAUAGAAAGCAUAGAUGACUUCAACAAUUUUAAGAUCUUUCCCAAAAUACAGAAACUUCAAGAACGAGACUACUUCAGGUAUUACAAGGUUAAUCUGAAAAGACCAUGUCCAUUCUGGGCUGAUGAUGGCCAUUGCUCUAUCAGAGAUUGCCAUGUAGAACCUUGUCCUGAGAGUAAAGUUCCAGUUGGAAUUAAAGCUGAAAGUGCUAACAAAUAUUCAAAGAUAGCAAAUCAUACCAAAGAACGUGAAGACUGUGAACAGGCUAACAAACUGGGUGCAAUUAAUAGUACCUUAAGUAACCAAAGUAAAGAAGCUUUCAUUGACUGGGCCAGAUAUGAUGAUUCCCAGGACCAUUUUUGUGAAUUGGAUGAUGAGAGAUCACCUGAUGCUCAAUAUGUGGAUUUGCUGUUGAAUCCAGAACGAUACACUGGAUACAAAGGAACCUCCGCAUGGAGAGUAUGGAACAGUAUCUAUGAAGAAAAUUGCUUUAAGCCACGAUCUGUGUAUCGUCCAUUAAAUCCACUGGCACCAACCAAGGGAGAGGAUGAUGGAGAAUCUUUUUAUACAUGGCUAGAAGGGCUUUGUCUUGAAAAACGUGUAUUCUAUAAACUUAUUUCAGGACUUCAUGCAAGUAUCAACUUACAUCUUUGUGCAAACUAUUUACUUGAAGAAACAUGGGGAAGACCUCGUUGGGGAUCUAAUGUCAAAGAAUUCACCCAGCGUUUUGACCCUAGUGAAACAAAAAGUGAAGGACCAAGACGACUAAAAAAUUUAUAUUUCCUAUAUUUGGUGGAACUGCGUGCAUUGUCAAAGGUUGCAUCAUACUUUGAGCGUUCAGUUGUGGACCUUUAUACUGGAAAUUCACAGGAGGAUACAGAAACUAAGUCUCUCUUGUUAGAAAUCUUCCAAGAUACAAAGUCCUUUCCUAUGCAUUUUGAUGAAAAGUCCAUGUUUUCUGGAAACAAAAAGGAGGCCAUAUCUUUAAAGGAAGAAUUCAGAUUGCAUUUCAAAAACAUAUCUCGCAUAAUGGAUUGUGUUGGAUGUGAUAAAUGUCGGUUAUGGGGAAAAUUGCAGACUCAGGGUUUAGGAACUGCUUUGAAAAUCUUAUUCUCUGAAAAAGAAAUAAAGAAUCUUUCUGAGAACAGUCCAUCAAAAGGUUUUCAAUUGACACGGCAAGAAAUAGUUGCUCUUCUGAAUGCAUUUGGAAGACUUUCUACAAGUAUACGAGAACUACAGAAUUUCAAAGUCUUACUGCAACAGAAAAGUUAACGAAGGCUUGGUACCUACUGGUAGAAGCAGCCACUAAUUUAACCCCAGGCAAAAUGAAGCCAAUCUGCAUACAAAACUGUUCUAGAAAGGCAAGAAUACAUAUAUAUUUCCAACUUGAAUAUUUAAAAUAAAAAAGGUUAAGACAUUGGACAAAAUAUUUAUGGAUAAAAUACCUGGCUUUAAUUAUGUAAAUUACGUUUGUUUUUAACUGUUUCACUGUUCUUACUCUCUACUACUUUUGUUUCAUUAUCAUUCAAAAGAAAUGUUGCCUCUCUUGCUUUACAUCAGUGUUUCCCAAACUUGACAAUUUUAAGGCAUGAGGACUUCAACUCCCAGAAUUCCACAGCCAGCACUGCUGGCUGUGGAAUUCUGGGAGUUGAAGUCCUCAUGCCUUAAAAUUGUCAAGUUUGGGAAACACUGCUUUACAUCAAUAUGCAGGAACUUCAUUCAGGCUGCAUUGCUCCCAUGGAAAAGAUUCUUCCAGCAUUUCCUAAAAAUACCUGGUGGAAAUGCGUUUUUUAUGUUUAUUUGGAGGAAUUGAUAAUAUGUAAGAAAAAUGUUUUCUUGCAUUUAUAUUCCAUUUGUUUGUUACAGUCUCUGUCAUGGCCAGUAAAUAUUUUACUAAAAUAAGCCCCUUGGCAUUCAGGGGAACUAGUUAUUGGGGAAUCUCAAGUUAUUUUUGUGUUAGCCUCCUUGCCCUCUCCUCUUUUCCUUUUCUUCGUUUUUUCUACAGCACAGCUGCUUUCUCUGUGAGGAGAUAAAACUGGAUUAAAUUACUUUAUCAGUUUUUAUUUUAAGUGGAUGAUGAAAGGCUUUUCCCAUUAACUGCUACUAGCUUAAAAAAAUUGGCUCAAGCUUUAUAGUCGUGGACCUUAAAUCUUCCAUUUCAAAAACCUUACAAAGUCCUCUUAUUCUGGUGCUCUUCUAUUCAAAUACAAUAAGAAAUACAAUAAAAUAUUUUCACAGACAAAUGUCCAAAAGUCACUUCCAGAAUUCAACAGAGCACAUCCUAUCUAUGCAAUCUCUAAUUACACCUUUAAAAAUAUAGUCUCUAAUAUAAUAUAAUAAAAGGAUAUUCUAUACAUUUGUUCCUAAAUCUUUAACUACAAAGGGGAAUCUAGUUAUCAGAGAACAGUUGCAGGUAAUAAACAUUUAAAUUCUUAAUCUGCAGUAGGAGGAAGUCUGUAAAUUGUGAAUGAGCACUUUAUUUAAAAACUGUUUGUAAUGUAAUAUUUGUAUUCUGUGAGGGAUGUUUGAAUGAAUGUCAGGUUAAGUACAAUAUACAGAUUUGUACAUAUUUUGCUUUGCUUUGAUAAGUAAAACAGUCUUUACAAAAUGAAUUAAAAGUGCUCUUAACAUCUUCUAAUUUAA